AUGUGCGGCAUCACAGCGGCUAUCACGCUUCAGCGAAGCAGCUCCCCUAACGGAGCCAAUGGCGGUGCUGAUGAAGGACGUGAAACUCUCCGUCAACAACUACAGCAGAGUCUGAAAUCCAUCGCUCAUCGCGGCCCGGACGCCUCCGGAGUCUGGGUUAGCGACGAUGGCACUAUCGGAUUGGCACACGCCCGCCUGGCCAUCAACGACCUGUCCGCAGACGGAGUGCAGCCGCUGCACAGCGAGGAUGGAAAGAUCCAUGCUGUGGUGAACGGAGAGAUAUACGACCACGACGCGAUCAGAGAGCGAUUGAUCCGAGAAUACGACUACAAGUUCAAGGGCCACUGCGACAGCGAGGUUCUCGUCGCUCUGUACAAGAUAUACGGCGCUCCCGGUAUCUUCGAGCACCUCCGUGGAGAGUUCUCCUUUGUUGUGUACGACGAGAACGACGGCCGGGUCAUUGUGGCGAGAGAUCGGUUCGGCAUCAAGCCCAUGUUUGGAACCCUUCAAGGCGAAGGUGUCAGCAAGCGGAUGCUUCUCACCUCGGAAAUCAAGGGUUUCCGGGCCCUGGGCUGGGAGCCUGAGUGGAACGUCCACGGCCUGCUCACCGGAUCGUCAAUGCAGGCCCACAACACCGUCUUCAAGGACGUCUGGAAGCUGAACCCCGGCACAUGGAUGGAAGUUUCCCCAGACGGCGAGGUCGAGCACCACCAGUACUGGGACCCCGACUUCAACGAUAAGCGGGAAGCCGAGACUCGAAGCGUGGACGAUAUGAUUUCGGAAGUAAGGCGGCGUCUGGUGGAAGCAGUGAAGCUUCGUCUUCGCGCCGAUGUCCCCGUGGGGAUCUACCUGUCUGGCGGUAUCGACUCAUCCGUCAUUGCAGGCAUUGUGACGAAACUUGUCCGCGAAGAAGGGAUAAAGCUAGGCAACCAAGAUGCUACAAACCGUAUCCGCUGCUUUACAAUUCAGUUCCCGGAAGCCUCGGGCUUCAACGAAGCUGACAUUGCUGAACGCUCAGCCAAAUGGCUGGGUGUGCAAAUUUUCAAGAAGGACAUGGAUGAGUCCGCACUGGCGGACAAUUUCGCAGACGCGGUCUACCACACGGAGCACCACAACUUCGACCUGAACAGUGUGGGCAAGUUCUGCCUUUCCACGCUGCCGAGGGAGCACGGCGUGCCUGUCGUGCUAACGGGCGAGGGCGCGGAUGAGCACUUUGCUGGAUACCCAUUCGUGCUGCCGGCUUUCCUCAUGGAGGCCGAUGGCGCGUGGCCCCAGUCCACCUUGACUGACGACGUCCGUGGAGAGAUGUUCAAAGAGAUGUCUCAGGACCUCAAGGAGAUGUUUGAAAGGAUCGGCAUGUUCGAGGACGAGGCCUCGUCGGGACCGCAUAACAACUCGAUGCGUCUGGAGCCGGAAUGGAACGCGUUCUCUCCCUGGGUUCGCGAGACGUACAAGGCACCGGGAUUUGGCGAGGCGGUGAUCCCGCCCGAGGUCCUCGGGAAGAUGAUGACCAAGUGGCACCCGCUCCACACAAGUCUAUACCUCUACACCAAGGGAACCCUCGCCAACAUGAUCCUGACCUGUCUGGGUGACCGCACGGAGAUGGCACACAGCAUCGAGGCGCGGCCGCCGUUCCUGGACCACCACCUGGCCGAGUAUGUGAACAACCUGCCGCCGAGCGUCAAGGUGGCAUACCUCGACGCCGCCAGCGGGUCGGCUACCGGAACGGGAAGCACGGGAACGGGCGGGAGCCUAUGGUGGAAGGACCUGAGUGCCGCGCGCCAGAAGCUCAGCGAGAAGUGGAUCCUCAAGGAGGCUGGCAAGCCCUUCAUCACGCAGGAGCUUUACGAGCGGAGGAAGCACCCAUACUCGGCGCCGCUCAAGUGGCCGCGCGGCGGACCCAUCCAUAAGAUGAUGGUAGACCUGGUCUGCAAGGAAAACAUCGAGAGCCUAGGCUUCAUCGAGUGGGACAGCGCCAAGAAGUGGCUCGAGGAGGGCUUCGGCGAAGACGCGAGCCCCAGGGCGUUCCGGAAGCUGAUCUGCACCGCCUCGUGGGUGGUACUCGGCCAGAGGUUCGGCGUGAAGAAGGCCACCAGGGAGCAGUGUUGUGCGUAA